AUGGUGUCGACAAAUGGAGCUGUCACACAAAACGAUGACGAUCUAGCAGCUGUUGCCACGGUGUUCCAGGCGAUCCAGGGACACUGGUUGACCGCCUGCCUUGGUGUGCUCAUGGACCUGAAGAUCCCGGAAAUUCUCGCGAGCCAGGAGAGCCCCAUUCAAUUCAAACAGCUGGCAAAGCUGGCAGGCGUGAGCGAUGCGGGCUUGGACCAUUUUUACAAGGUGCUGCGCGUGUGCGGGCAGUGGAGCCUGCUGGAUGAGUCGCGCGAGGGGCGCCACUUCAGCGCCAACUCAGCGACUCGCCAGCUCGUGCGCGGCAAGGACGCCACUCUCGGCCACUUUGUCGACCACCAGAUCAACAAGCCGAAAUGGGACGCAUGGAAGAUGCUGCCGGAGGCUGUGCGCAGCGGAGCAGUGCCCUUCGCUCUCGCACAUGGCGGCCUCGACAUGCACCAGUACGACGAGGUCAAGGGGAAUGAGGCGUUCGCAGAGGAUUUCCAGCAGGCGAUGACCUACUUCACAAAGCUGAGCCUGCGCGGCGGCGAGGUCAGCCUGAAGGAUGCGUUUGACUGGAGCAGCGCAAAGUGCAUCAUGGAUGUCGGUGGCGGCCGCGGCGAGUGCCUGUCCCACUGCAUGCUGCAUGCCGGCCCCGGCUGCAGAGGCGUUCUCAUGGACCGGCCCUGGGUGCUCGACAGCGUGGACAUGAAGGGCACCUUCGAGGCCAAGGGGGUGCACGACGCGGCAAAGCGGCUGAGCUUUGUGUCGGCCGAAGUGCGCGAGCCAUUCCCGGCGGCUGUGAGGGAGGCCGGAGUGGACACAAUAGUGAUGAAGCACUUCCUGUCGGGCUUCUCUGACGCGGAUGCAGACAUCAUCCUGAAGCACUGCAAGGCGGUGCUGCCCCCUGUCGGCAAGAUUCUGCUGAUGCAGACUUUGGUGCCAGAGGCGGGCGACAGGGACCACAAUGUGUGCAAGGAUGGCGUGGCUCCAGGCUUGUUCUCCAUCGAGAUCCUGGCGAUGUGCCCUGGCGGCGGCUGGCGCACACUGAGCGAGUGGAAGGCCAUGUUUGCCAAGCACGGCUAUGGCCUGGAGGAUGUCAAGGCAGUGGGCGCCAACAUGAGCCUCAUGUGCUGGGGGCUGACACAGAACUGA